ACGCUUCACCCGACCCCUCCUGAGAGACCUUGCUAUAGUUAGCUUCCCCCAGAAUACUUUUAUACGCAAGUAAAGCGAACCAGAUCGCCAAUUGAUUCUUCGAAGAGUCUCUCCAGCUUCAGUUGAACCAGAAUAUAGAAGAAGCAAUCAGAGAAAAUGCCAUCAGCGGAGGGAGCGCCGUCCUCUAUAAACAGCACGGAGACCAACGGUGCAAAGCUGGAGGAUCUCACGGCGGACAAUCUCACACAGCAUGUGAUCAAGAUCAGCUCCAACAUCAGUAACGAGCGUAUCAAAUUCAUUUUUUCAAAACUGAUCCAACAUGCGCAUGAUUUCGCCCGGGAAGUCGACUUGCAGAGAGAUGAGUGGGAAGCCUCGUGGCAGUUCUUGACGGAGGUCGGCCAAGCGUGCUCGCCAGAUCGACAGGAGAUGAUUCUCCUAUCCGACGUGCUCGGUAUAUCCGCCCUCGUGGACACCAUCAACUCCCGACAAGCUCCCGGGACAACCGAGUCUUCCGUCCUAGGACCAUUCCACAACGACUCGCACUUCUUCGAGAAUGGCGAUUCGAUCUCGUCCACUGGAGCCGGAGAGUCGAUGCUCAUUCGCGGAACAGUAAAAGACCUCAGAGGUAACGCCAUCCAGGGAGCAUUGCUGGAUAUUUGGGAAACGAACGGGAACGGCCACUACGAUAUGCAGGACCCAGAAAAGGAUGGACCAGACUGCAGAGGGCGGUUCUACUCAGAUGAACAAGGAAGGUUCUACAUUAAUGGUGUCAAACCAGUAGAUUACCCAGUCCCAUAUGAUGGACCGGUGGGUAAGGUGCUCGAUCUAUUAAAUAGACAGGCUUACAGGCCUGCGCAUGUGCACUUCCUCAUCUCCCACCCCUCGUUCGAGAAGCUUAAUACAGCCCUCUAUAACCGCGAAUCACCGCGUCUCGUCCUCGAUCCCGUCUUCGGUGCGAAAAGCAGUCUCACCAAGGAUAUAGUCUGGUGUGAGGAUCUAGAAAUGGCCAAGGUGCACAAGACUACGCCCAUUACUCGAAAAAUCGACGGGCAGGACAGGGAAGGAUUCUGGCUUCUCGAGCAUCACUUUAUCCUUGCUGAUAAGCAGGAAGUCAAGAAAAGGAAGACGCAUGAUUAAUUAAUCUAAUCAUGAUUGACUUAGAUGUU